AUGGGGGACGCUCUGCCCUGGAGGCUGUUCCAGCUGCUCUUACUGUGGGGGCACGUGCUUCAGAGAGCAGAGACAGACUCAGAGGGACAGACGGCGGGGGAGCUAUACCUGCGCUGGGAACGCUACCGCAGCGAGUGCCAGGCAGUUCUGGAGGCUACCGAGCCUGCAGCAGGGCUUGCCUGCAAUGGCUCCUUUGAUAUGUAUGUCUGCUGGAACUACACUGCACCCAACACCACUGCCCGGGCAUCCUGCCCAUGGUACCUGCCCUGGCACCGCCAUGUGGCCACAGGUUUUGUUCUCCGCCAGUGUGGCACUGAUGGCCAGUGGGGUUCUUGGAGAGACCAUUCCCAGUGUGAGAACCCAGAGAAGAAUGGAGCCUUUCAGGACCAAACGCGGAUCCUGGAGCGAUUGCAGGUGAUGUACACGGUCGGCUACUCCCUGUCCCUUGUCACGCUGCUCCUCGCCCUGAUCAUCUUAAGUUUUUUCAGGAGACUGCGCUGUACUCGGAACUACAUCCACAUCAACCUCUUUGUGUCAUUCAUGCUUCGAGCGGCCGCCAUCCUGUCCCGGGACCGGCUUCUCUCUUCACCUGGUCCCUUCACUGGGGACCGGACCCCAAGCCUGAGGACUCAGGCCCUCGCUGCUUGCCGCAUGGCCCAGAUCAUCACCCAGUACUGCGUGGGCGCCAACUACACAUGGCUGCUGGUGGAGGGCGCCUACCUGCACAGCCUUCUGGUGCUGGCGGGCGGCUCCGAGGGCGGCCACUUUCGGGGCUACCUGCUCUUUGGCUGGGGGGCCCCCGCGCUUUUCGUCAUUCCCUGGGUGAUCGUCAGGUACCUGUACGAGAACACGCAAUGCUGGGAGCGAAACGACGUCAAGGCCAUUUGGUGGAUCAUCCGCACUCCUAUCCUCUUGACCAUCUUGAUUAAUUUUCUCAUCUUCAUCCGCAUCCUUGGCAUCCUCAUUUCCAAGCUGAGGACCAGACAGAUGCGCUGUCCAGACUACCGCCUGAGGCUGGCUCGCUCCACGCUGACUCUAGUGCCCCUGCUCGGGGUCCACGAGGUGGUGUUUGCUCCAGUGACAGAGGAACAAGCUCAGGGGACCCUGCGCUUCGCCAAACUGGCCUUUGAGAUCUUCCUCAGCUCUUUCCAGGGCUUCCUGGUCAGCGUCCUGUACUGCUUUGUCACCAAGGAGGUGCAGUCGGAGAUCCGCCGCGCCUGGCAUCGCUGUCGCCUGCGCCGAGGCCUCGGGGACGGGCCACGCCGGCCCUCGGAGCGCGCCUCGGUGGUCCUGCCCUUGGAUCUCAGCCCGGUCCCCCCUGGCAGCGUCCUGACCCCGGGCACACUCCCCAAGCCCGCUCAGGACGAGGCCAGCCGGGUCGUGGACAGUUACUGCUAA